CACGGACAGGAUGCUUCACCUGCUCACAAUUUACACUAUCCACACUGGCCUCAUCCCAACCAUUAUCAGCAUUCUGGACCUCAUUCUGUAUAAGGCCUCUCCUAGCACCUUGACGUUUGAGUUGUUCAACAUCGUCGUGUCAAAAGCCUACGCCAACACGUUCCUCGCUACUCUUAAUAGCAGGCAGUCCAUCCGCGGAUGGACUGCAACCGCAAACACCGCGCCGAUGGAGUAUAGUUCUGGGCUCGCGGGCUCGACGACGAUGGCGAGCGCGGCACGUGGCGACAUUGAAUUGUCCCUAUCUCCCAAGUCGCUGGAGUCCGAGACGUACUCUAGCAUCAAGGACAAGCCGCUGCCCGACGUGAUUCAGAUUCGCAAGGACUCCGUGAGAAUGUGAGCGUGUCCGACAUCCACUUGACCAAGCUGUUCUGCUCGCGAGAACCCCACUCCUUUUGCUGCUACUUCUAUCUUGCUGCUGUCGGGCCCUGGGCCAGGUCCGUGUUUAACAUUCCUUUAUGUACUACCAACCGUGUCUACUUGAGUGUAUACAGCGGAUCGUGUAUUUUGUGUAACAGUAGCUUCAUUCUACCGUA